AUGGCGGAUAUUGAGGGCUCAGAUUCGGAGUAUGAGUCGGAUGUGGAGUUCAUUCUGGGGGCUCCUAAUAGCCGAAAAGACGUAGUGGCUCCGAAACCUGCAGUGGCCGCGGCAGCGGCACCAGGAACCGUGGCACCAGCCGCCCCGCCGGCAGCAGUUCCUGCCGCGGAGGAAACACAACCCUCAGCACCGAAACGAGAGAUCCAGGCUAUCGAUAUUGACGCGAUCGGGGAAUACGAGGGAAAGCCGAUCACUCAGCUGUCGAUGGCGGAGUUUGAGGACAAGCCAUGGCGGCGGCCCGGUGUCGACGUGACGGACUAUUUUAACUACGGAUUCGACGAGUUCACAUGGCAGGCAUACUGCUCGAAGCAGGACCACAUUCGUGCAAACUACACUCCACAAAAAGUAAUGGGUAUGAUGGGCAUGCCGCCAAUGUUUAUGCCCGGUCUGAUGCCGCCAAUGCCUGGUGGCCCUGGAAUGCCUCAGAUGCCGGGCAUGCCUCAGAUGCCUGGAAUGCCUCCAAUGCCUGGAAUGAUGCCACCGAUGCCUGGUGCUAACGCCGGCAUGCCCAACCAGAUGGCCUCGCCGCAGCCACAGUUGGCACAAUUACAACAGAAUCGACGCAGGCGUUGA